AUGCGCCAAACCCUUCGGAGAUCAUGUGCCGCCUGUUCCAAGUCCAAAAUUAGCUGCGAUCUUCGAACUCCGCGCUGCUCCCGCUGCGCAAAGCGCCAAAUCCAAUGCGACUAUGCGAACCAGCCUUGGGCCGCACCGGUAGCACCCGGUUCAGAAAAGAACGCUUUAACAAAACCUGUUGAUUUAUCGGGCUCGUUAUCACAGUGCAGAUUUGGAUCUCCAGACCCUUUUGACUCAUAUCCACAAACAAGACUUCCCAGGGAACAGGUUCAACGUCUCAUAUAUAGCUUUCUUCACAAAAUCGCAUUUCAAUAUUAUCCACUCGAUCUGAGCUCGACUUCAAACCCAUUCUUAAUAUCCUGGUGGCCCCUUGCCCUUGGUGAUCCGGCGCUGUUUCAUGUCUCACUACAGACAGCUUGUCUUGACGAGGAGUUAUUGGCACAAAAAGGCUUCCAAUCUUCAGAAAUUUUGAUGGCAGAUUCUGUUUCUUUACUACGACGUAAAGUAGAGAACUCUUCCAUGGCCGUACAAGAUGGAACCAUGAAUUCUGUCAUCACUUUAGCGGCCAUUGAGUUUGGCAAGGGAAAUAUUGAUAUCAGCAAAAUGCAUGUUGAUGGAGUCAAAAAGCUGGUUGACUUGAGAGGUGGUAUAAAUUCAGUGAGGCAGACCAGCCCUCUUACUGCACGAAUGGUUAGCUGGGUAUCAAUGCUUAUAAUGGGCCAUCCCCAAUUCAAUACUCAAGAUGAUGUGGGAUUUGGAGAUGGCAUACCUUGCAUCCCAGAAUGGCAAUUAGACCCAACGGCUCUUGAUGAUUUAUCUGGGCUAAAAGAUAUUGAAGUCGACUAUGCUGUCUGGAAUGUCUUCAUACGCCUCCGCAGCAUCUUACAUCGAACACAACGAAUACCUAUUACAUCAACGCAACUUCACGACCUCACUUGUUUUGUUAUCCACCGUCUUUUACUCUCUUCUCCGACAUCAAUACACCUCCCGACAUCACCAAUUACCGAAUCUCUCCGCUACGCAAUUAUUAUAUACAUGCUCCUUAUUCAAGGGCCCACCUAUUACUCUCACGCAGUCAUUAUGAAUACGAUGGUCAUCCGUUUCAUAGAAUAUUUCAAACAGCUCGAGUCAACACCUCGUCUGUAUGACUCGCUAGAUGUCUGGCUUAUAACAGUUGGCCUAAUGAGUUCUGUGGGGACAUCACAUCAUCAAUGGUUUGUUGAGAGAGCACAAAUUAUAUCUGCUUCCUUGCAGUUGGGCAGCUUUGACGACGUUCUGGCCCACAUGAAGAGUGUUCUGUGGUUUGAAACACCACAGGGCCAGGAACUUGAAAUGAUUCGGCCUCAUUGGAAUGCUAUUUAUGCGGCUCCGUAUCUUGGAAGAACACCCGAUGCCCCGCAUUCAAGUUUUCCAUUUGAGACGUCUCAGGCCAGUGCCAAUACAUCAAAUUUAUGA